AUGAGAGGCAUGAAGUGGUGGCGCACGCGCCCGACGGUGGAGCCGCUGGUGCUGCUGUUCAUGUUCUCCUACGUGGUGACGCACUCGGUGGUCAACGGGCUCUUCCUGGAGCGCGUGUGCGGCUCCAGCGACACCAGCGUGUGCACCAACGAGGACCGCGCCUACUCCAGCACGCUCACCACCUGGAAGACCAUCAUCGAGGCUAUCGUGCCCGCCGCUGUGUCGCUUUUCAUCGGCAGCUGGAGCGACAAGUUCGGACGUCGACCCAUCUUCAUCUGGUCCUUUGCUGGCAACGCCAUUGCGUACGGCGUGUUCUCCGGGCUGGCUGCGAUUCCAGACCUAGCGCCGGAGUGGUUGUUGAUGCCUUCAGUAGCGGCCACCUUCAGCGGCGGCAUGAUGAACCUCAUGGCUGUGGCCAACGUCUACAUCGCCGACGUCAGCUCUGCGGGGCAGAAGGAGCUGAGACUGGGGAUACUGGAUGCGGCGCAGUACUCGGCCAUGAUGCUGGGGUCAGGGCUGUCCACGCCGCUUUUCCUGGGCCUCAGCUAUUACGGGGUGUACGCCCUGGCCGCCGUCCUCAUGCUGCUGUGUCUACUCUACUCCAUUUUCCUGCUGCCGGAGACCAUGGCGCCCUAUACGCCGCCUGAAGACGCGAGUUGCGGUUGCUGCAAGGGGAUCUUCCGUCCCCAGCUGGUGCGCGACGCGCUCAAGACGUCCCUGAUGAAGCGGCCUCAUCAUGGAAGGUCAACCAUCCUCAUCGUCAUCAUUGUCGUCGUCACUGGCGUCCUCAUCUCCCAAGGAGAAGGCGUCGCAAACUACCAGUACCUGAACGCCAAGUUUCACUGGAGCGUCGAACAGAGCUUGCUGUACGGUUUCUUCACCAACGGCACCACUGCUGUAGGUACCAUGGUGGGAGUGCUGGUGUUCGUACGCUGGCUCAAGCUGGAUGACGGCUGGAUAGCCCUCAUCACCUUCUCCUGUAAGAUUGCCGCCGCCAUAAUCUACUCGAUAUCUCCGGAGUCGUGGUAUAUGUUUCUAGGUGGGGCUAUCGCUUGCUUCGGAGCCUUGAUCUGGGUUCUGGUCAGAGCGAUGCUGACGAGGCUGGUCGCCAAGGACGAGAUAGGCCAGGUGUUCGCGCUGGCAGUGACCAUAGAGUCGGUGACCCCACUGGUGGGGCCUCCCAUGUACAACGCCGUCUUCAAUGCGUCCAUCAACACCUUCCCUGGAGCCUUCUACCUGCUCUCCGCCGGGAUCAUGGCUAUCGACCUCCUACUGCUGCUAUUCGCAAUCUUCCUAAACCGAGGAGCGAAGAGGGAGCAGCAGAGGCAGCAGGACCACACUGACAGCAAGACGGCGGCCCCCGAGUGA